AAAGUCAAAUUCUGUCCUAAUCCCGCUCAAGCUAUAAGAGAAAUGUCCCAAUGAAUGAUUCCGACUACUCUGAUGACGGGAGGUCUACUAAGCGCAAGGCUGAACCCUCAGAGAAUCAGCAGAGGCGCCAAUUCGAGGGGCUGACAUACUUCCCACAGAAUCCAAAUCCAAGCGUGCCCUCUUUCCAGCCGAACAUCCAAACGAGCCAACUGUCUGGCCAGACAAGUGGUAUCGACCCUGAUACUGGAGUUGGGGCAAGCGUUGUGCCAUUGCAAGAUCCUGAAUACAGCGAUUUCACUAAUCCGGAUCCUCAGCGAGUUUGGUCUGAUACUCACUUCCCGUCACUGUCACUGUCAGAAAACCAACCGUCUCAGACCCCAGUACAGACUCGCGGCUCUUUGCAGCCGUCGUCUGCAUUCAUACCCCCAUACUACCCAGAAGGGACAACCAGAUUCGAACUUCUUCCUUCUCUGAACGCCCAUUCAGCCAACUUUGGCUCCAGUCCCUAUCAUAUACCCGUAGAUCGAUCACGUACAGACGUAUCGUGUGCAUCGAUCCCAUCUAGUAUCCAGCGAUCUCAUGCAUACAAUGAUAUGGAGAUGAUAGGAAGGGGUCCCGACUUCCCAGAGCAAGAUAUCUCUUCUCGAAUUGAUGCACGGGCGAUGCACGGGAACACAAGCAUCUCACCGAUGAUUGCCAACUUUCUGGAGUCAUGGGUCGACAAUAUAUUUUCACAGUCCCAUAACUCCGUCGGAGCACCGAGCAAUGACGAUAUCAACGCUCUUGCUUACUUGGCAAGAGUGUCGAGGGACGACGUUGUCCAGUCGCUCAGUUCAAGCGAGCGUCUGAAUAACAUCUUGUUGGCUAGACGACACGGACACAAUAUUCAGACAACCUAUGGAAGCCAAAAUAUGCAGACACGGUUGUCAACAACACAGAUGGAUGGCGGCAAUCUGGCAUAUAACGGCCCACACGCGAAAUUGAUUAGUGACUACGUGAAGAAAGCAAGAAACAAGUGUGAUCAUGGGGACGGACGUAGGAUCAGUGUGACAGGAGUACUCGAAUGUACAGCCGGAUGCGGGUAUCGGACAAACCGACUAUCAGACUGGAAAAGACACGAAGAGAAUAGGCAACCUCAGAAUAUCUACGUGUGUCGUGAAUGCCAACGAGGCCCCAGCAAGAAGAAACCAUUCAUUUCUCAUCGAGUUGAUAAGUUGGAGAAACACCUGAGGAGCACGCACAAGAAAGCUGCGGCCACAAGGCUCGAAAUCGACACUAUCACAGGUGGCUCAAAGGUAGCCUAUCAGGCUGACUUCGAAAGAGAAUGCAAAGAACCUGGAUGCCCACAUAGUUUCAAUUCCUGGGACGAUAGACUUUCACACUACCAACGCGAUCAUUUCCAGGGGACCCCAGGCAGUCAGUCCAGCCCAUACACUGCGGAAAAUGAUGUAACGUUCGAUGACGAGGAAGAAAUGUCUGAUGCUCCCAGAGACAUAAACCCUCACCCCGACUGGGAUCUCCAAUGCGUCUCUGGCAUGCCUGGUCCAUCUACACAGUACUAUGAUUACGGCGCUGGUUAUCAGCAAACUGAGUAAGAUGAAUUCCGUUGGAGUCUGGAGGAAGCGGUGCGUGGCUCGAAGAUGCUGCGGUUAUUUCCUUUCCUAAAUUUAUAUUCUCG